ACAGCCAUUUUAGAGUCUAUUGGGUUUGCCAUUGCCAAGUUACAUUGAGUUUUCUACUGGUUGAAUUUGUGUUCUCUUAUCGCAUUAACAAUUAAUUUGUAGUUUAACUAUUCAAGUGAGUGACCAAUUAUGGGAAAAGGUGGUGAUUCCAAACCAAAGGGACGAAUGUCCGCUUAUGCCUAUUUCGUUCAAACCUGUCGAGAAGAACAUAAAAAGAAACAUCCAUCAGAACCUGUGGUGUUUGCUGAAUUCUCAAGAAAAUGUGCUGAUAGAUGGAAGACUAUGAAUGAAAAAGAGAAACAACGUUUCCAUACUAUGUCGGAAAAAGACAAGAAACGUUUCCAAACUGAAAUGGCUGAUUAUAAACCGAGUAAAGGUGAAAAAGCUGGUAAGAAAAGGAAACGAGCAAAGGAUCCCGAUGCACCUAAACGAGCACUUUCAGCAUUUUUCUGGUUCUGUAAUGAUGAAAGGGCAAAGGUCAAAGAAACUAUGCCAGAUUCAAGUGUUGGUGAAGUAGCUAAGGAACUAGGUAAACGCUGGGGAGUAAUAAGUGACAAGGACAAGUCCAAGUACGAAGCUCUUGCUGCUAAAGAUAAAGCAAGAUAUGAAAAGGAAUCUAAUGCUUACAAGAACAAGAAGCCUAAAGCCUCGACCGCCAAGAGCUCUAAGAAAGACGAUUCUGACGAUGACGACGAAGAAGAAGAAGAGGAAGAAGAAGAGGAGGAAGAAGAAGAAGAAUCAGAUUAAAUUCUGCGUUCACAGUUAUCCUCAAUAGUAUGAUUAUCUUAUUUUAUUGGCAACUUUUCUGGAAGGAAAUUAGUGAUUUCAUCGGCCAUCCAAGUUCUAUCAUCUCUUGGUGUUUAUCGGAUCACUUUUUUUUUAUAUUUAAAACCCUUUUCGAAACUUGAUCUGUCAUAAAAUUAGUCUUAAUUUCUUCACCAACUAAUUGGUUCUGUUUAUGCACAAAAAAAGUUUACAAUCAUCACCAAUACACACACACGGACAGGACUAAAGCAAUCAUCAAAUUGGAUCAGUGACAGUGUUACAUUAAUUUGGCCUAAUCAUCAAUUUUCCUCAUCAUUCAUUCACUUUUUCCUUCCAUAUCGAAACUAUCUCUCAUCAUUUGAACUUUUCCACUCACAAUCUUCGUUUCUUCUCUUCGUAUGGCUCUUUAUUCAUUUCAAUUAAAUUGUAAUCAUUUACUCAUUUUUAUCACUUUAACUCAACAAAACCUCUUGAACACUUAAAAACAGAUCAAUUUACUAGACCACAUGAUGAAAUUAAAUACCGCCCAAACCUUCAAA